AUGCGUGGGAUCCAGAUUGCUGAAUAUGUCAAGAGUCCCAACGAGCUCAAGGUAACGGAGCUCCCUGACCCGUCACCCAAGCCGAAUGAGUACGUCGUGCAGGUCCACGGCGCGGCUGCCAAUUUCUUCGACAUCCUCCAGAUCCAGGGCAAAUAUCAGAACCAGCCACGUGAGUUUGCCAGACCAAAACCGCCUUCGCCCUUCAGCCUUUUUGAUAUUGACCAUUUCUCCCCUCUCACAGCCUUCCCAUGGGUCGCCGGCUCCGAGUUCUCGGGCGUCGUCGUCUCCGUCCCGGCCAACUCGAGCUCCCCUCGCUUCCCGGUGGGCAGCCGCGUGUUCGGCGCCAGCCAGGGCGCCUUCGCGACCAAGCUGGCCGUCCCCGAGAGCGCCCUGCUCCCCGUGCCCGACGGGUGGUCGUUCCAGGAGGCGGCGGGUCUGUUCGUCACCGCGCCCACCAGCUACGGCGCGCUGGUUGUCCGGGCGGGCAUCAAGGCCGGCGACAUUGUGCUGGUCCACGCGGCCGCGGGAGGUGUCGGUCUGGCCGCUGUUCAAGUCGCCAAGGCAUUCGGCGCAACCGUCAUCGCAACAGCGUCAACAGAGCACAAGCUCGAGAUCGCGAAGCGCUUCGGCGCCGACCACGUAGUCUCCUACAACGACAAGUCGUGGUCGCAGCAGGUCAAGGCCCUGACCCCCAAGGGCCGCGGCGUUGACAUCGUGUACGACCCCGUGGGGCUCGUGGACCUCUCCACCAAGUGCACCGCCUGGAAUGGGCGCAUCCUCGUCGUGGGCUUCGCGGCGGGCAGCAUCGAGAAGGUGCCCACCAACAAAUUCCUGCUCAAGAACAUCUCGCUGGUCGGCAUCCACUGGGGCGCGUACACCCGGAACGAGCCCGAGACGAUCCUCACCGUCUGGAAGGGGAUCAUGGACCUCGUCAAGGCCGGGAAGCUCAAGGGGACCGAGUACUCGGACCAGGAGUUUGUUGGCUUGGAGAAGGUCUCGGAUGCGCUGACCGCGCUGGGAAGCCGCGGGACAUGGGGCAAGGUUGUGAUCAAAGUCCCCCAGGAGGGAAGCAGCAAGCUUUAA